AUGGGUGCCUCUGCUCUGCUCUGCUCAUUAAGUAUUGAGGAGUGUGGAGGUAAUGGAUUAGCUCUAACAUCUGGUGCGACUCGCUGGCCUGUCCGGGUCUUUAGUUAAAACAAAACUUGCCUUAAUUAAUAAUUGAUCACAGGAGCCUAUGAGGGGAGGUGUUAUUAGGAGGUGCAGCGGUGUUUGUGAUGUCAGGUUGCCCUGCCGACCCAGAGAUAAGAUGUCUGGCAGGGUAGGGGGGAGAGUGGGAGUUUUUGUUUCUGCAUCAUUGGUUGUGUCUGUUUGGAUAAGCAGCUUGUGAUUGGCUAAGUUAGGUGGACCAUUGAUAUAACAGCAUUCAGCAAACUGGUACUAACUUAUGUUUCUACAUGGGAGUCUAUUUGUCUAAAUGCAAGUGAAAACUGUCAAGUCACGUAGGCUUUUUCCUCCAUACUCCAGCAUGCUGUUUCUCCAUCACAAGAUAAUGGAUGUAGCCUAGAGGAGCGUGCAUUUAAUAUUGCAUGUUGUUUAUUGUUUGGUGCCAAGGCUGUGUGCCAAACUGCCUUGUCUAACACAAUGGUCUAUUUGCUCUGUGAGUUCAUAUAAGUACUGGAAUAGUUUGCUGCUGUUUAACUGCUGGAGUAAUGCUAACACUUGAUGCAGUGGUUUUCUCUGUCAACAUCUUUGCUUAACAUAUCACCGAAGGCCAUAUGGUUAGAGCAUCCAAAAUACAGUAUACAUAUACUGUACCAGUCAAAAGUUUGGACACACCUACUCAUUCAAGGGUUUUUCUUUAUUUUUUACAAUUUUCUACAUUGUAGAAUAAUAGUGAAGACAUCAAAACUAUGAAAUAACACAUAUGAAUCACGUAGUAACCAAAAAAGUGUUAAACAAAUCAAAAUAUAUAUAUAUUCUUCAAAUAGCCAUCCUUUGGCUUGAUGACAGCUUUGCACACUCUUGGCAUUCUCUCAACCAGCUUCAUGAGGUAGUCACCUGGAAUGCAUUUCAAUUAACAGGUGUGCCUUCUUAAAAGUUAAUUUGUGUGUGUGUGUGUGUGUGGGGGGGGGGGGGGGGGGGGGGGGGUAUACAGCAGAUAGCCCUAUUUGGUAAAAGACCAAGUCCAUAUUAUGGCAAGAACAGCUCAAAAAAGCAAAGAGAAACAACAGUCUAUCAUUACUUUAAGACAUGAAGGUAAGUCAAUACGGAACAUUUCAAGAACUUUGAACGUUUCUUCAAGUGCAGUCGCAAAAACCUGCUAUGAUGUGCUAUGAUGAAACUGGUUCUCAUGAGGACCGCCACAGGAAUGGAAGACCCAGAGUUAUCUCUGCUGCAGAGGAUAAGUUCAUUAGAGUUACCAGCCUCAGAAAUUGCAGCCCAAAUAAAUGCAUCACAUAGUUCAAGUCACAGACACAUCUCAACUUCAACUGUUCAGAGGGGACUGUGUGAAUCAGGCUUUCAUGGUCGAAUUGCUGCAAAGAAACCACUACUAAAGGACACCAAUAAUAAGAAGAGACCUGCUUGGCCCAAGAAACAUGAGCAAUGGACAUUAGACCGGUGGAAAUGUGUACUUUGGUCUGGAGUCCAAAUUUGAGAAUUUUGGUUCCAACCGCCAUGUCUUUGUGAGACGUGGUGUGGGUGAACGGAUGAUCCCACCAUAAAACAUGGAGGAGGAGGUGUUAUGGUUUGGGGGUGCUUUGCUGGUGACACUGUCUGUGAUUUAUUUAGAAUUCAAGGCACACUUAACCAGCAUGGCUACCACCACGUUCUGCAGCGAGACGCCAUCCCAUCUGGUUUGGGCUUAGUGGGACUAUCAUUUGAUUUUCAACAGGACAAUGACCCAACACACCUCCAGGCUGUGUAAGGGCUAUUUUACCAAGAAGGAGAGUCAUGGAGUGCUGCAUAAGAUGACCUGGCCUCCACAAUACCACAUUUGGUAUUUUACCAAAUAGGGCUACCUUGUGUAUAACCCCCCUAACUUGUCAAAACAAAUUAUUGGCUCAAACGCAUUAAGUAUUAUAUAUACACUACCAUUCAAAAGUUUGGCGUCACUUAGAUAUUUCCUUGUUUUCGAAACAAAAACUUUUUUUUUGUCCAUUAAAAUAACAUCACAUUGAUCAGAAAUACAUUGUAGACAUUGUUAAUGUUGUAAAUGGCUAUUGUACCUGGAAACGGCUGAUCUUUAAUGGAAUAUCUACAUAAGAGGACAGAGGCUCAUUAUCAACAACCAUCAGUCCUGUGUUCCAAUUGCACGUUGUGUUUGCUAAUCCAAGUUUAUCAUUUUAAAAGGCAAAUUGAUCAUUAGAAAACCCUUUUGCAAUUAUGUUAGCACAGCUGAAAACUGUUGUGCUGAUUAAAGAAGCAAUACAACUGGCCUUCUUGAGACUAGUUGAGUAUCUGGAGCAUCAGCAAUUGUGGGUUCGAUUACAGGCUAAAAAUGGCCAGAAACAAAGAACUUUCUUCUGAAACCUGUCAGUCUAUUCUUGUUCUGAGAAAUGAAGGCUAUUCCAUGCGAGAAAUUGCCAAGAAACUGAAUAUCUUGUACAACGCUGUGUACUACUCCCUUCACAGAACAGCGCAAACUGGCUCUAACCAGAAUAGAAAGAGGAGUGGGAGGCCCCGGUGCACAACUGAGCAAGAGGACAUAUACAUUAGAGUGUUUAGUUUGAGAAACAGACGCCUCACAGGUCCUCAACUGGCAGCUUCAUUAAAUAGUACCCGCAAAACACCAGUCUCAACGUCAACAGUGAAGAGGAGACUCCGGGAUGCUGACCUUCUAGGCAGAGUUGCAAAGAAAAAGCAAUUUCUCAGACUGGCCAAUAAAAAUAAAAGAUUAAGAUGGGCAAAAGAACACAGACACUGGACAGAGGAAGAUUGGAAAAAAGUGUUAUGGACAGACGAAUCUAAGUUUGAGAUGUUCGGAUCACAAAGAAUAACAUUUGUGAAAUGCAGACCAAAUGAAAAGAAGCUUGAUGCCAUCUGUCAAGCAUGGUGUAGGCAAUUUGAUGGUCUGGGGGUGCUUUGGUGGUGGUAAAGUGGGAGAUUUGUACAGGGUAAAAGGGAUCUUGAAGAAGGAAGACUACCACUCCAUUUUGCAACGCCAUGCCAUACCCUGUGGACGGCGCUUGAUUGGAGCCAAUUUCCUCCUAAAACAGGACAAUGACCCAAAGCACAGCUCCAAACUAUGCAAGAACUAUUUAGGGAAGAAGCAGUCAGCUGGUAUUCUGUCUAUAAUGGAGUGACCAGCACAGUCACCGGAUCUCAACCCUAUUGAGCUGUUGCGGGAGCAGCUUGACCGUAUGGUACGUAAGAAGUUCCCAUCAAGCCAAUCCAACUUGUGGGAGGUGCUUCAGGAAGCAAGGGGUGAAAUCUCUUCAGAUUACCUCAACAAAUUGACAACUAGAAUGCCAAAGGUCUGCAAGGCUGUAAUUGCAGCAAAUUGAGGAUUAUUUGAUGAAAGCAAAGUUUGAAGGACACAAUUAUUAUUUCUAUUAAAAAUCAUUAUUUCUAACCUUGUCAAUUACUACAUUUCUUAUGCAUUUUGCUAUAUUUCCUAUUGAAACUCAUUUCAUGUAUGUUUUCAUCGAUGAAAACAUACAUGAAAUGAGUUUCAAUAGGAAAUAUAGCAAAAUGCAUAAGAAAUGUAGUAAUUGACAAGGUUAGAAAUAAUGAUUUUUAAUAGAAAUAAUAAUUGUGUCCUUCAAACUUUGCUUUCAUCAAAUAAUCCUAUAUAAUACUUCCAAAUACUUGAGCUGCACUUGAACUUAGUUUUUCCAGUACAAUAGAACUGGUGGAAUUGUCUCAAAAGAUUCACCCAGGCUCCACCUGACAGUGUACCUAUUGUGAGGUCAAAUCAUAGAGGUCCUGUAUGUAAUUCUAUGGGUCAAAUUUGCUUCUGCGGGGUCUGUCCUAUCAGCAGUGGACCUGGGCCUGAGGCACAAAUUCUAGCCAAGUUCCAUGUUCACUGUGGAAUGGAUUCCUUUUGAGAAACUGAGGCCUGAAGAGUCUGUAGCCGCUGUAUUCAGAGGAUCAAAGACGGAAGCCAUUUUGUGUCGACCGGGGCCUUAUUGAGUAUGCAGAGAACAUGUUGUAGCCCUGAGCCAGAGAGGGAGCGGAGUGGCUAGCGCUGGCUGGCUGGCUCUGAUAUAUUCCGCCUGGCCAUGGCUAAACUCACACACUCCCUAACAUCACUCCACUUUGCAGACAGAGAGCUGAUUGAAGAUGAUCUCACAGAUAAGUGCUCCAGACGGCACUCUUUAUCCCCUCCCUCCCCCCUCCCCCCCUCCCCCCCUCCCUCCCUCCAUCCCUCCCUCCCUCCUCACUCUCUUUCUUUCUCACUAGCCAUUUACUCUCUCUUCUUUUGGCUCAUUCCCUCUCUGUCUUCUGUCUUUGUCUCCAUAUUUCACUCUCCUCUCUCUCUGUCUCCUCUCUUCUCUUUUGUCUCAAUCUUUCUCUGUCUUUCUCUCUGUCACCAAGGUCCAAAUAUGCUCAGCAAUGUUCAUCUCCUUGAUGCUUCUUUUCUCUCUCUCUCUCUCUCUCUCUCUCUCUCUCUCUCUCUCUCUCUCUCUCUCUCUCUCUCUCUCUCUCUCUCUCUCUCGCUCUCUCUCUCUCUCUCUCUCUCGCUCUCUCGCUCUCUCGCUCUCUCGCUCUCUCGCUCUCUCUCUCUCUCUCUCUCUCUCUCUCUCUCUCUCUCUCGCUCUCUCUCUCUCUCUCUCUCUCUCUCUCUCUCUCUCUCUCGCUCUCUCUCUCUCGUGCAAUCAUUUUCUCUCCUCCCUUCCGUUGAAUUUAAACCCUUUAUCACAAUCCUGCCAUUUCACAGGAAAUACCAAUUCCAGCGGCGAGAUUAGCCUUCUGAUGAUGUUUGACGAUAGCUGUGCCUGACUCUCCCUCUCUCCAAAUGUUACAUUUGAUUGUCACACUGCCCUGAAACUCAGUCUAUCCCGUAUCUCAGUAUUAUUGGUGUCUGUUUCCUUUUUGCCUCACUAAGUGUGUGCUGGUGGUGAUUUUAUGGUGGUGUCUUGACUACAUCUUUAAAUGUCCUGGGUAUCUGGAGAGUCUUCAUACAAAUCACAUCUCUAGGUUGUCUGUUGUGUUGUGUCUAUCAGGUUCUAACCCCCUCUCUCCUUUUACUCUUUGGUUUAUCUUUAUCAUUGGGUUCUAACACCUGUUCUCUGUUCCAUUGCAGCGCGGGAGGAGAACGUGGCCACGUUCCACGGCUCCGAGUACUUCUGCUAUGACCUGUCCCAGAACCCCAUCCAGUCAUCCAGCGACGAGAUCACGCUCUCCUUCAAGACGUGGCAGCGCAACGGCCUCUUACUCCACACGGGGAAGUCUGCUGACUACGUCAACCUGGCUCUGAAGGACGGAGCCGUGUCCCUGGUCAUCAACCUGGGCUCCGGGGCCUUCGAAGCCAUCGUGGAGCCUGUCAACGGGAAGUUCAAUGACAACGCCUGGCAUGACGUCAAGGUCACGCGCAACCUCAGACAGGUAAUAGUGGCUAGGGAGGGUGAGACAGGAAAUAGUGGCUAUGGAGGGUACUGUAUGUAUAUAUAUACCGUAUAUAUAUAUAAGGAUAUGCAGGAUAACUGAUACUGUAGGACAGGUGGUCCUCUGUAGCUCAGCUGGUAGAGCACGGCGCUUGUAACGCCAGGGUAGUGGGUUCGAUCCCCGGGACCACCCGUACGUACAAAUGUAUGCACGCAUGACUGUAAGUCACUUUGGAUAAAAGCGUCUGCUAAAUGGCAUAUUAUUAUUAUAUUAGGUGAAAGACCCGUAUAUUUUGUUUUUUAUUUAGUCUUAAAUGGGUUCAGUUCCUAAAUAGUUUUUAUUGAGCGUCAUACAUUCUCCUGUUAGUUUGUUGGUCCCUUUCAUAGAUGGAAAAGUUCACAAGAAUUCCUACAGCGCUUUUGAUUUUGUUUUCUUCUUAAGACUCUCUAUAUUUUACCCGCAAUGACUUACUUUUUUCCUAAAGACAUUGUUUAUUUCACACCUACUUUUACUUACUUUCCCAUAUUAAUUUUCUCCAUAUUUUCUGAAUUCCAAGAACACCAAUUUCCUAUCUGAUUUUCUUCUGUCCAUGAAGACUCACUGUUUACUCCAGACUGAUCUCUAUUCAGCUGUAAAAUCGUCCAGAUAUCCCCAUUCUAAAAUAUGCUAAUAGUCAAGGUGCUGUUCCCUUUCCCCUCCUCAGUGAGAGUGGAUGGUUUCUGGCUGUAGAUGAGGGGGCCAAAGAUAGACUAGGACAAUGGAUUUCAACUAUGAGAUGUAAGGAAUUUGUAGUUAGAUUAUAAUGUGUUACAAUUUUAAUUUAGACUAUAUAUGUUUUAAUACAUUAAUGCCGGAUGUUGUCUUUGACAUUUCAUUUUAAACGUUUUUAUAUUACUACGACUAAGGUUCAUCCCUCUACCUAUGGAAUACUCUGGAUUUACACAUUGAGUUAUAGUCCAUAGAGUAUCCCCCACUCUCCAUCACUCUCUCUGUCUUCUCUCCCUGUGAACAAGCUUUUGUAGAAAACGACAUCCUCAUGGAAUGAAUCAUUGUCCUACUGACCGUUGCCUAACCAGCUAUUGUACUAACAACUCCCCAUCCUAAAUCUUCAUCCUUCUUUAUUCAUAUUGUUUAUUUAGUUUUUUAUUUAUUAUUGGUUCACUAUUUCUUUUAAUUUCUUCCCCCAUUUUCCUCAAAGCAAUCAGGCAUUGGACACGCUAUGGUAAACAAACUCCAUUGUCUGGUGUAUAUAAUUCCUAUUUUCCUUUGGGGUUUUCUGUGUGGUCCUUCCUUCCCCUCUUCCUCCCCCUCUUCCUCCCUCUCUUCCUUCCCCUCUUCCUCCCCCUCUUCCUCCCCCUCUUCCUUUUUAUGACUCUUCAUUCUAGACACCAUUAUCAAAAAAAUUGGAAAUGUGUUUGGUAUUUCUUGGCUUUCUUUUAUUUGAUUUCCUCCCUCUGUCCCUCCCUCUCUAUUUCAUCUUCCUGUUUCUCAUAAUAGCUUAUCUCCUCCCUCUUUUCUGCUUUUCUAUCUACAACUUCUUCCUGUCUUCCAAAGAUUUAGUCUUUCUUUAGGGAUUACUGUUUGACUAAAGCCUCCUUUGCAUUCCCUAUCUUUUGGCCGAUGACUGUUGACCAAACUGCCAGAAGCUUUCCACAACUGCAACUACAACAAAAGAGGAAAGGAAAACCCCAAAGUUCACCAAUGGGAGCUCUGACAGUUGUUUCCAGUACACAGUGCCACAUGGCAUGCCUAAACCUCUCCCCCUCUCCCUCCCUCCGUUCUCACGCCAUCCUCAUCCCUUGCUUUCCCGAAACCCUACCUAACAUCUAACUCUCACCUCGCUUUGUGUUUGCACCCCCUAUUCACUCAACUCAUUUGAUAUUGAGAUUGUAACUCACUGCAAUAUGGAUAUGAUAUUUAAUACUCCUCCCGUAUGGAAUUAGCAGCACAUCCCUAUUUUGCAUGCUUGUCAAUGUCUCAACAAACCAGCUAUCAAUUCAACUAAAACUAAAACAAGCACAACCGAUUUGUCCUUGGUGUUGUUGGCAUCUUACUAACCAUUCAUACCUAACCAAAUUCUAUAUCCCCUAUCCGAAAUUGCAUAUUCUAACCUGUAUUCAAAGUUAAAGAAAAUAUACAGCUGACAUAUUUUCUCUACCUGACCUUGUUGAACCUAGUAGUUGAAGUACAUCAUAUAAUCCAGUGAGGAAUGGUCCAGGUUUUGGGACUGGGCCACACACCUGAAGCCAUGACGCUAUAGUGUAACCAAGACACAACUGAGAAAAUAGCCAGACAGAAAAAAACACCCCCAGUCCCCGUACCUCCUUCCUACCCAACCCCAAGAUGGUCAUGAGUGGACUUUCUCCUUCCUGGUUCUUCCCGUUGUCUAGGUGACGAUAUCGGUUGACGGUAUCUUGACGACCACGGGCUACACCCAGGAGGACUACACCAUGCUGGGCUCAGAUGACUUCUUCUACGUGGGUGGAAGCCCCAGCACUGCCGACCUGCCUGGGUCUCCUGUCAGCAACAACUUCAUGGGCUGCCUCAAAGAGGUGAGACUGCUGGCAAUAUGUACGUUUUAG